AUGUUGAGAGGCCGGAAAGCUGGCGGUCGUGGGGAGACCACGGCGGCACACUACGCUUUUGGAUUUGGGCCUCUAGAGGAUGACAUCAUCAUAAAGCACCGGCUUUUGACCCGAACAACUACAACAAGAGGAGAGCCACCAUUGAAGAAGCUUCAGAAAAAGUUCACGGCCUUUGCGGCUGAAGUUGAGAAAGAAGCCGAUAACUAUGGGGAGUGCGAAAGGCUUGCAAAGGCCUUCUUGCAGGAGCUGAACACUUUCGAGAUCCCACUGCUCAAGAGUCGGGCGGUGAUUGAUGCUAACGUUAGGGAGAAGGAGAAUUUUAACGAGCUGAAAGAGGAGAUCAAUCGGCAGAUUUUGCAGGCGCAAGGUGACAUAGAGGAUCUGAAGAAGCAGCUGGAGGAGAGCAAGAUCGAGAGGCAGCAUAAAGAGGAGUGUGAGGCCAUUAGGAAGAUGAUUGCUGUGCAGCCACCGAGGUCCGAAACGCAGAAGAUCAUAAACGAGCUUGAGAGGGAGAUUGCCAUGCUGGAGGCAGAAAAUACAGCCAGCUCGAGGACACUCGACCUCCGCAAAAAGCAAUUUGCUCUUUUGUUGCAUGUGGUGGAUGAACUACAAAACACCAUUGAGGAAGAACAGCAGAGUUUGAUGGAGGAGAUGAGGACAGCAAUUGACGAGGAAAAGACCGGUUUAGAGGAUGCUAGUGGGGCCCCUGAUGCUAUGGCUGUUGAUUAG